AUGAAUAUAACAUCAGCAGUUUGUUGGUGCAACAUCUGGGACAAUGACACCAUUACGAAUGUGGGUCCCGAUGUCCUGUGCCUGCGGAAUGGCAAUGCGAUCAAGUUCGUCCACAUGCAGACGAAGGUGGUCAGCUAUUUUAAGGCAGACACGGUGGCCUCGGGUAUAAGUAUUAGUGCCUUUGCUGGUCACAACCGUUUCCCGCUUUUCGCCUUUGCUGAGGUCACCCUGCGUCCAAAUAUCUUAGUCUACCGCUAUCCAGAUAUGGCCAAAUUCAGUAUCAUUCCACCUUACUUGGUUAGCUAUACCGAUAUUCGUUUCUCGGAGUUGGACCUUCUGAUCGCCGUGGGGGGUUAUCCUGACUAUAAUCUGUGUGUCUUUAACUACCGCACUGGAGCUGUUGUCCUGGAACAUCCCACCAAUGUGCCUACUGUAGCACGCGGCAUUGUUGUAAGCUACACCACACUGCCUUCCAUCGUACAAUUAAAUAGACAGGAAAUGACCAUCUUGUGCUACGAUAUCUGUGCCGUUGAGAAGGAGUCCUUUCUGUACAAGGUGGCCGAUGUAGAUCUGGGCAAGGAUUUCCUUAAGUCUUGCGAACGUUGCCUCUGCUUCGGCGAGGAUACCAUCCUGUAUGCCACCAACGAUUUUGGUCACUUGUUUAUCCUGGAUGUGGCCUGCUUUGCUAUGAAACACCAGUGGCAACCCACUUAUGAAACGGAUGUCGAAGUGCCCCGCGCCCAUGGCAUUACGUACCACAAAUCUGGGUUUAUCAUCUGGAACAGUUCGGCCGCCUAUUAUGUGAAGAAGAAGGCAGGGACCUAUAAACUCGAAUGGGAACUGGAGGGUCUUUUGAACGAUGUAGUUCGCAUUCUGAGCAACAGCAAUGGCGAGAUAUACACCGAGCGUCGUCCCGGUCACAUUGACCAGGUGAUAGUAGACCGUAAUGGGACAGUAUCGCUGCAGUGCGUCGUGCCAACGGGACGGCCGGUAAUCACCUUUCGGGUGAUUCCGGGUCUUAAGGAUGAGUGUGUUUGCGUGCUGCACGAUGAUGGGGUGACCAUGAUGGACCUAGCCAAAGGUAAUGCCCUUUGCGAGGUCUCGGUACCUGGGGCUAGUUCCAUGAGCAAUCACCGCACCUUGGCCAUUGUUGCUGUGGGCACUAUGGAUGCCCGCAUUGUUUUGAUCCAAUUCGAGCGCGCCAGCUUACCUCAUGUUCUUUGCGAAUUGAGAGUGGAUACAGCGGGAAUCGUUGGACUAGAGUUCAAUGACAGCUGGAUGGUAGUUCAAGAUCAGAUCUCAGCCCUACAUGUCGUCCAGGUGGACACCAGGCCGCACAAGUUGACGCACUACUUCGACAUGAACCAGCCGGAACUCGUUAAUGUUUUCGUACACACCUUUUUGUUGGCCGAUGGACCACGUCUUAUGGUCUUUAUCAAUAGAGAUCGCGCCAUGAAGCGCCCUGGCUUUGCCACCGAACUCUGGCUCUACAAUUGGGGCAAGGACAAGCGUCUGCACAGGCGAGAGUAUGUUCUGCCGAAGUCAUACGGUUUUUUCUGCGUCCAACCGCCGGUGGGAAGAUGGGCGCUUAUCGAGAUCGUGGCCACUGUGUACAAUACUUUAAACUUUGAUCAGUUUGCUUUAAACGAGAGAGACGAUUUGCAAUGGAUUGCCUCUACUAAGUCGGGACACUUUAGCUACAUCCUGGGCGCUGGAAUGACUAAACAUCUAGUCACAUGGAGUCUUGGGGGUAUCCUAGUUCACUUCAAGCAGCACAAGAGGGCCAAAAAGCCUUUCAUGAUCUGUCGUUUUCUCUGCGUGGGUAUACAGGCGGAGUACCUAUUGCGGGUUAAAGAAUGCUUUAAUUCCAAAUUCCUUAUUAUCCUGUUGUCGAACAAGAGUAUGCGAGUUAUGCGUCUGCCUUCCUUGGCGGACUUUGUACGUGAAAACGUGGCAUUACCAUUGCCCACGGAGGAGGGCAUUCCGUGUUACAUUGAACAAAUAACCCACAAGGUGGACAUUUUUGUGCCAUUGAGUUUGCGGCAGGAGGUCAAAGAGGUGUACACAAGAGCAGAUUUAUUAAAGCGCGACAAGCUGUUGGCCAGCAUUAAGGAUUUUGCCGCCAAGGUGACGGCACUGAUCGACUAUGAUAUCUCAAAGACAGGCAAGACCCGUGGCAUCUUUAAGAAGUUCUGCUUCCACUAUCGCUGGCUGGAUGCUCUCACGGAAGAGGCUCAUAAGUUGUGUGCCCUGGAGAGGGAAUCGCUUGAGAAGGCAAUUGCAGAUCAGGCAAGGAUUCGAGACUGGAUCCUGCGUCUGGUGACGCGUGAUGCAGUCAGCAUAAACUAUCGUGUACGGUCUAUUUUUGCGGAUGCCAACUUUGAGAGUUUCUCCGUGCGGCGCAAAGUCGAAAUGACGGAGUUUGACAAGUAUCGUUUCUACGACAUCGAGGAUCAUCUUCGCGUUUCCUUGGGCUCUUUCGAAGAGGAAGAAGCACCUGCACCCGCACCCGCAGCUGGAGGUCAUGGUCCGCCUCCGGGCAUGGAAGAUGAUGAUAUGGGCUUAGAGGAGCACGAGGAAGAAAUCAAGGGAUUGCGCGAGCUAAAACCAUUCGUGGUGGAGGGACACAGUGUUUAUGACCAUGUAAUGGCGCCCGUUUUUCAGUUACAGGACAAGAAUUUGGUGACCUCAAACCAGGUCUUUAACUAUAACUGCAAGAUUCGUUACUAUCUGCACGAUCCACUCAAACAGGAAUUCAACAAGCUCUUCCACGAGGCUCAGCAACUCAAGCAGGACACCAUCGACAGCGUGAUGAACACGAAUGUGGUACUCAACAAGAUCUAUGACAAUAUGAACAUUAUGCUGCGUCUACUCAAUAUGGAUCAGUUUCAGCCGCCAGAACUCACGGUUCCCUCGUUGGCGCAAGACGAGGUUAUCAAACGGAUCAUGGAAGUGGACGACUCCGAGAUCAAGGCAAUUAAUCGCCGAAAACCCAAGACAAUCGACACGGGUGGCAAGAAGGGAAGAAUGCUUCUGUGGAGCACCGAGUUCUGGGCCCGAGCCUUAAUAGUGAUGAUGGAUGGGGUGCUGGAGAAGCUAUGGGAGGAGGAGAUCAAGAAGGACAUACCAGAGCCGGAGUUCAUGCAAAAGAAGCAGCCACACGAGUAUAAUCUUGAGGAGCAGAAGAUCUUCCGAGCAUAUGAGGAAGCAGUUCACCUACUGGAAUUAGACCGUCGCAAGUACCUACGCAUCCUGCACGAAAACGAAGAGAAAACAUUGGCCCUGAAGGCAAACCAUAUCCUGAAACUUAACCAGCGUGUCGCCGAACUGAUGAUCAUGAAGCUGAAGUAUGACUUUGCACUUAAACAGGGACAAAUACGGAUGCUAACUAUGGAGCAGAUCAACUUCGGCCGAGCCCAAUUGCGUAAACGAUUCAGCAUGUUCCGCAAGGACAUUGACAAGUUGAACGAAUAUAUGACGCGCUAUGGCGACCUGUUGGACUUUUAUGACAAGGCUUUUCUUGAUGUGAAAACGCGUCUAGAGGCCCAGCAAACCCGCGAUCGAACCGUAGAGCGUCAGUUUCGUGGGCAAUUUCUACCUUUGGUUCCCCAUGCCACUCACGAGAUGACCAAGCUCUUCAAGAAGCGUCCCAAGUUACCUGGCAAGGUCUUCAAUUCGGUACUCAUUUGCAUGGAGGCCUCCAAUAAGCUGAGCGGGAAACCUAGCCAUCGUACUCCCUUUCCUCUGCCCGACGAUGUCCUUGAGUUUCUUAACUAUCUUGCCGAAUUCGAUCAGCCCAAACAGUGUCCGCCACAGGUGGAUGCCAAAUCCUGGGAUGCCUUUGUCAAGUUGCGACGACAAAAGACUGAAAGCGAAUUGAGACUUAAGGGUAUCAGCUAUCAGCUGCUCGAUAGCCAAGCUGUCUUAAGUAUUCUUAAUAAGGAUCUUAACGCGCUCAAGGAGUCCAAGGUGCUGACACAGCGUAACGCCGAGGAGAGCAUUCAAACUUAUUUGGAAAAGAUGAGAAACAUGACGGUCCAAUUGACUCUGACAAAGGGUCAAGUUGAAGUCUCGGUCUUGGGAAGAUUCUCAGAGCUCUCCAACACAGUUUUGAUGCACAUUGACGACAUCAACGAUGUGAAUCGUCAGAUACAGGAAGCCGGAAAUAAAAAGAUUAAAGCCAUGCAACGAGUAGCAGUAUUCAGACGCCAGGUGAUCUUCAAGGAAUGGGAGCACAAGCUUUACAAGGCAAAUAUUGCUUACCUUAAGUACAUGCUAGAUGCCAUUGAAAAAUGCAAGGUUUCCAUGGAGUUCCUGAACAUCCUGCGCAACUGGGACAAGGUCAAGACAGAGCGACAAAAGUACAUAGCCGGAGCUAUCGAACGAGUGAUAGAACAGAAGAUUUCUGUCUUCAAAAAGAACAUUGAUCGUGUAUGCAUUAAAAUCGAUAAGGUUAAGGCGAUGACACUGGAGGUGAAGCGCAGCAGUCACGCCAUCGAUUCAAAGAUCGAGCGGAUCAAGGUCGACGUCACUUUCCAGAACACUAUGCGCGAUACCAUGAUGGAGGAGAAGCGGGAUCGCGAGCAGCGAGAGCGAAUGUCCCAGAUUAAGACGCAUCGUCAGCUCAUGGAGAAUGUGCGCCGGCACUAUGCCCAUGUGCUGGAAUUGCAGACGAUACUGGAGCUACUGCGUCUGCGAACUUACCCCACUUUGGGACCACCCCUGCACCAAUGUCAUCCGCCGGUGCCAGAGCAUAUCCUCAGUUCAGUGCCCUAGGAGAACUUCAACCCAUCGACAAGAGCAAGCCAGCAGACCAGCAGUCCAUUUGGGCUAAGUUUCUAGCCACUUGGCGAAAUUGCAAUUAAAUAUUUUCAUUGCGCCAGAUGAAAAUUUAUUAGUGGUUUUGGGGAUCUGGUUUGGCUGACUCUUUGCUGCCACUUAAUUGGGUUUGUUUGGGUUUCUGGGGGGAAAUUACCAAAACGCGGCAUAAAGUCAUGCACUUUGAGCUCUGUUUGCUGUUCAGUUCGUUGCCUUCAUAGACCAAUUGCUUUUUGGCUAAAAUUGGUUGGGGAAAAACCCUUCAACAUCGCACUUUACAUUUAUGGUCUUAAUGGAUUGCCCUUGACAAUAAGCGUCAAGUUGAGCUAUAUGUUUAAAAAUUACUCGUGAUAAAAGCUGUGGAGUUUUACAAGCGUAAAUAUUUUAUUUUUAAUAACAUUAUUAUGGAAGAUUGUUGCCAGAAAUAAAAAUGAACUAAAUUAAA